CGGUGCAUCAGUGAAUACUCAUAACAAUCGUGACUUCAGUAUUGCGAGAAAUAUUCUACAGUUCGGAACCCAUAAUGAAGUCAAAACAUUGCUGUUAUACAACAUUGACUUAAAUGCGAAGGAUACUGACGAAAUUAGCCUGCUGAUGUACGCCGCCAUUAAUACUAGAAACUAUGGAACGAUAAAUAUGCUACAAGGUACAGAUUUUAACGUGAACGCUGAGGACGAUCAACAAAGAACUGCGAUUUGGUACGCCGUGCAUUGUAUGAAUCCGCCUGCUGUUCUAUUUCUGUUGGAGCACGGUGCUAAGCCGAAUGAUGGCUUGGAUGCACUGUGCGGUAGCACAUAUGAAUUCUCAGACAACCGCCUGCAAAUAAGAUGUCUCGAGCUACUCCUGCGGUACGGACUUAGUCUGUCGGCCGUGGAUACCAAGCAGAGAACCAUUUUUGAAAUUGCUACAGAAGAUCAUAACGUAAAGUUGCUUAAUACCGUACUUGAGCACGUAGCAAUGUCGAUUGCGCUCGAUCAACACGUCGAGAAGGCUGCCCUUGCUAAAAUCCGGUCGCAUAGAGAGACUAAAGAAUAUUUUGAUGGAUGUCAAAAAAUAAUUAAAGACAUGAAAGACACUGCUGUUUAUGAAACUGCAACGUUAUUUGAUGUUCUAACCAAGUCCAAAGAACAGGUUUUAAAGUACGUGCAAAAUGCAGAGACCGUGGAAAUAUUGAAUUGCAUCAUGUACGAAAUGGGUAAUUCAAAAUUUGGAAUUAUUAAAUUUUUAAGAAACCGUAUAGAAACUGUCAUUGAAAUCGCAAAGUUGCGUAAGCAAGCAACUUUGAGUAUUCAGAAAAUUAUUGAAUUAAAAUACUAUCCGCAUGUUAUGAACAUGAUCAUAAACUUUUUGGACAAACAAUCUCUGGAAAACUUAUGUCAAAUUUGA